AUGGGUGAGGCUGGCAUCUUGCGGGAGUCCGCCGAAGAGACACACAACCAUGCAGUCUUCGCAGACAAGCACAGAAAAGUCGAACCUCGUUCUAUUCUCGGUGGUGCUUCGAGUAUAGUUUGUUUAAGUCUGAGCACUCACGUACCAGUCUACCUAUUUGAACGUGGGCCAAGCCUAACCAAGCCUUACGGGGGCUACCCUGGCAUGAUGACUGUCACGGAAUGCCGCGAUGUGAUUGACUGA